AUGGCUUUCCAGGCGAUGGCAAAGGACUUCGACCUUCUCAGGUCGCAGCUCCUGGACGUGAUCAAGGCUAACCGCGCGAAGGGGGUCUCGAGCGAUGAACAUCCGUCAGUGACUGGUGAGACCGCUCAAGAGCACUGCCUGGUCGAGGGGCCAGCAGCCCUUCCACCCAUGGCCAUCUGCCUCCUGGAGCAGGUCCAGGACUACAGUGCGAAUCCAGACAGAGAGCGAUUUUCGAAGAUGGUCGCUUUGGCCGAGCAGAUGGAUGCAACCUCUCUGUUGGUGUCGGCGAGGGUUCUGAUGGAGAUCUUGGUCCAAGCGAACCUUGCAGAGUCUCAUCAACGGCUGCGAGCGUUCAAGGGUGCCCUGAAAAGCUUCGUGACCAUGGACUUCCAGGACCCGGGCGACACCGCGAUCAAGACUUUUCGCGGCUGUUUUAACAAGAUGACCGCAGAGGGCAUCACCUAUGCACAAAUCCGGGAGGCCCUUGUGCACCACAAGAUCGAGCUCGUCUUGACCGCGCAUCCGACGCAGGCUCAACGCAGGAGCAAUCUGAAGAAGCACGAGAGCAUCUCGCAGCUUCUCAAGGUGCACGAUGCCAAGGACUCCCUUACGCCCGGUGAGCAAGAAGAGCUGCGGGCUAAGAUCCAGGCUCUUCAGUGGAGCUGCUGGCGCACCAACGCUGUCCGGCGCAACCGACCGACUGCGGAAGGUGAGGCACGCAAUGGAAUGCUGGUGAUCGAGGAUGCGGUCUGGGCGGCAGUGCCGGAGCAUUACCGACGUAUCGACCGCUGCUUGAAGCACCGUGGGAUGCCAGCGCUGCCCUACGAUGCCUCGGUCAUCAAGAUGAGUACCUGGAUGGGCGGCGAUCGGGAUGGCAACCCCAAUGUCACGGCCAAGACGACUCGUCAAGUUAAUGCUCUUCUGCGGUGGCGCAUCGCCGAACUCUACUACACUGAGGUCGAUGCCUUGCUUUUCGACUUGUCAAUGACGGGUGCCACCAGUGAGGAGCUGCAGCAGGAGUUGAAGAGUUUGGCAAGCAUGUGGCCGGCUCCCAGUUUCGACGGUGACAAGGUCUGCGUUCCAGACACUCGCUGCGGUGUCCACUUCAACUUCCACAAUGGCGUAGCUCCCGACGAGCCCUACCGCCGGAUGCUCAUGAGCGUUCGCCGCCGACUCUUCCGCACAAAAAAAUCCAUGGAGAGCCUCUACCUUGGCAAGCCAGUGGACAAGGACUUCGAAUCAGAGAUAUACAAGAGCACCACAGAACUCGCACGGCCUCUGGAGAUUGUUUACCGAUCCCUAGUGACGACGGGCGAUGAGGUCUUGGCCAACGGUCGCCUGUUGGACCUAAUCCGCAGAGUCCGCACCUUCGGCGUCAGCCUGGCCUGUCUCGACAUUCGGCAGGAGUCCGACAGGCACGAGGAGGUCAUGAACGCCAUCACUCAAUACCUGGGGCUGGGGUCUUACUCGUCUUGGACGGAGCAGGCGAAGUGUGAUUGGCUUCUUGACGAGAUCCAGUCCCGGCGUCCUCUCCUGUCACCGGACAUGCCAAUGGGCGACAUUGUUCAGGAAAUCAUUGAGACGUUCCGGACGAUCGCAGACCUUCCUCCAGAGACUGUGGGCGCCUAUUGCAUUUCGAUGUCUCGCGCCACCUCAGACAUAUUGGCUGUUUGCUUGCUGCAGAAGAUCGGCGGCGUGAAGCAGUUCAUGCGCAUCAGCCCCUUGUUCGAGACCAGGGAGGACCUGCAGGCAGCACCUCGCGUGAUGGAUUCACUUUUGGGCAUUCCUUGGUACAAGGACCACGUUAACGGCAAGCAGGAGGUCAUGCUGGGCUACUCCGACUCCGUGAAGGAUGCUGGGAAGUUCGCGUCCACCUGGGCCCUACAUGUCGCCAUGGAGAAGCUGGUGGAAGUCGGCCAGAAGCAUGGAGUGGAGGUCACAUUCUUCCACGGCCGUGGCGGCACGAUCAGCCGCGGGGGCGGGCCUCCUCACCUCACGCUUCUGAACCAGCCGUCGGGAUCCAUCACUCGCCACUUACGUCUCACAGUGCAAGGUGAGAUGAUUCAGCAGCACUUCAUGAAUCCAGAGGUGGCAGAGCACACCAUGGAGCGAUAUGCAGUGGCGGUGCUGGAACAUAUUCUUACGCCUCCGCCUCUACCGUGUCCGGAGCACCGGGCUGCUAUGGAAGAGCUGGCAGAUCUUUCCGCCAAGGAUUACCAGACAACAGUUUUCCGCUCGCCGGAAGAUCAAUUUGUGAAGUACUUCCAUGCUGCCACCCCUUCAGCAGAGCUAGCACAGAUGAAUAUUGGCUCAAGGCCAGCCAAGCGACGCAACUACGGAGGAAUCGACACGCUGAGGGCAAUUCCCUGGAUCUUCGCAUGGACACAGACGCGACUUCUGCUGCCGGUCUGGUUGGGCAACGGCGCUGCCUUGGACAAGUUCAUCACGGAUGGCAAGCUAGAGCUCCUCCAGUCGAUGUACUCGAAGUGGCCAUUCUUCAAAUCCAUGCUGGACCUUAUCGACAUUGAGCUAGGCAAGGCCGAUGAACAUAUAGCAGCUCACUACGACUCGAAGAUUUGCGACGACGCGCUGAAGCCCUUGGGUCAGGAUCUCCGCCAACGAUUGGCUCAGGCAACCACUUCAGUCCUGCAGGUCAAGCAGGAGAAGGAGGUUCUAUCCGGGGAGCCGAGCACGAAGUUGGCAAUCGGAAUGCGGAGGCCGUAUCUGGAUGCAACUCACGUGAUUCAGGCUGAGGUGCUGCAGCGCAGCCUGGACGCGUCAAGUGACAUGUCGCAGAUGUCGCAGGAGCUUGCCGAUGCCAUGAUUGUGAGCAUCCAGGGAAUUGCUGCAGGAAUGCAGAACACUGGGUGUUCCAGUGCCAAGGCACCGCAACUCUUCAGAAAUGCCUGUCCUACCUGGUUCCUCCACCUGCACUUAUACCGGGUGCGCUCAACAGAAGUGCCCGAGAAGUUCCUACAGCAUGGAUUUCGCGUGGUCGUGCGCCUGACCCAGACAAAAGCCCUGAGGGUGCAUUUGCGGCAGAGGAUAGCCUGUGGUGCGGACCACACAUUUGCCAUUGUCACGGUAUGGAGUGCGGCCCUGAUGGAGCCCGGCCGCCUCUUUGCUUGGGGUUUGGGAAGCUACGGCGCCUUGGGGAUCGGAUCCUGGGCCGACUGUUUCACUCCCACCGAAGUGUGGUUUCCAGAAGAGGACGCAGAGGCGCAGAGGCGAGUGGUUUCCGUGUACCAGGUUGCUGCAGGAACCAAGCAUUCCGUGGCACUGACCACCACCGGCAGUGUCUUCACGUGGGGACACGGCGGGCACGGGAGGCUUGGGCUUGGUCAGGCCAAGAUCCGCGGCCAGAACUCCUACAGUGCGGAAUUCGAGCCAAGGCUGGUUACGAGCUUGCAGGGCGUAAACAUCACGUAUGUCGCCGCUGGUGAGGCCCACACCGCUGCUGUGGAUCAGCUGGGCGGGCUCUACACUUGGGGCCAGGGAGCCUUUGGGCGCUGUGGCCACGGGGUCGGCACCGACAUGCCAAGCCCUGCGCGCGUGGAGAGCUUGUCUGGCCUGUCCAUGUCGCAGGUCGCACUGGGGCUGAUGCAUUCUGUCACGAUGUCGGUCAAAGGGCAGCUUUACACUUGGGGGAAGGGUGCCGCCACUGGCUUCGAUGUCGGGGAGGUGAUUCCCACGCCGCGGCAGGUGAAGCUAGAGUCGCGUGAUCCCGUUUACCAGAUCGCUGCUGGCCCGUUGCACACAGUGGUUCUCAUGCAGAAAGGCGACAUCCUUUGCUUUGGCUCUGGCACCGAGGGCCGCCUGCCCUUCAGGGACUACGACGGCAGUGUGGUGGACUUCCCUUUGCCGACCAUGCUGAAUCCUCCAGAUCUCAAGUUGAAGGGCUGGGCAGCCGACAAUGACAAGGCCAUCCAGGAUGUGCUGCGGCUCCGGGAGCUCGGCGAUUCUGACAGGCUCUGGUGGCUGACGCUGAGACCCGAGCUAAUGGGUAUCUGGCAGAUUGUCGCUGCUGACCUUUGCUCUGGCGUGGCUUGGUGGCGAGUGGUGUGGCCUACCUCGACAUGGCUCGUGGUCGAUGCCGACGACUAUGUAGAUGUGUUCCUGAACGGGAAUUUCGUUCUCCCUGACAUCUCCGCAACAUUGAUCCCAUUGAACGGUGUGCGACGUGUUUUGGCGGAGGAGGUCACUGCAAAAGUCAUCGUCUUCCCCUUGGGUAUCAAUCCCGGAGACCUUUUGGCGGUGCGGGUCUUGACCUCGAGGCCGCAGCUGGCGAACGUGACUGACCCUGUGGGUAAAGUGACGCAGUUUCCGGCCCCGCCGGGAAUUAUAAUGGCAGCGCAAAAUGGUGUGAUGACAUCGAUGGCCUUCAAGUGCAGCACCGAGGAGAAAGCGAGGGAUGAACAGAGGACUCCAUUCUUCUACCCUGAUUUCAACGACAGCCACUGGCCUGCUGCAUCGGAGCAACAAGAAGGCUGCUGCCCUUGGCGGGAUCCUUUCGACAUCUGGGGCCGCCUCAAUGCCAAGUGGAUUGGCCUCAACCCUUCCACCUUCGUGAACAUUUCUGGCCCUCGCAACUUCAACUGCCGCUACCGGAUCCCAGGAGACGCUCCACCGAGCAAUCUGCCAGCUGCUGAAGUCGCCCGAGCAAGUACCGAUGUGCCGACUUUGAACGUGUCUGCCGUCGAGCUCUCAACCUCCGUGACGAAGAUGACGAUCACCGUGGAUCGAAAUGCAGAUGCAUAUUGCGGUAUCAUUGACGCACGGUAUCAGCUUCGCUCGCCAACCCACAACGAGCUCAAGCGGUGGGGUUCAGGCUUGCUGGACCUAGCAGGGGAAAUGUAUGUCUUCUACCUGAUCGACGGUGUCGAGUUCACAUCUCGAGAGCUCGAUGCACCUGUGCUCUACAGAUUGUCUGUCGAGGACGAGGAAGGCUGUGAAGCCCAAUGCCUCCUUUACGAUGAGUGCGUCGCCUUGGAGUAUUACUCAGCAGGUAUACACACGCAGACAGGCACCAACUGCAAACUCAUCAAUGGCACCUACAACUCGUCUUUUAGGCAGGACCCCUCUUUGCUGGCAAGCUUCAUCCAAAAGUACAGAGUUUUGAUUCGGCCGCCACACACUGUGACCGUCAGUGGCUUGCUUUUCCCUGCCACCGUCUACAACGUGUACUGCUCCGUCGAAGAUCCCGCGUCCGGGAACCAUUCCACAUGGACGAUGAUCUCUACGCAAGUUUUUUCAGAGCGAUCGGAAGGCUGCUUCGAUUGCGGAAAUACUUUGCCUCCCAGCAUCUACGUUCGAGGUGGUUGGGCUGGGACGGAAACCAUUGGCGUUGUGGUUGGUGCCAGUUCAACAGGCCGGCUUUUCUGCAGUGCUUUUAUGCAGAAUGCCAGCUUCCCUCCCACCAUCUCACCUGCUACGGUCCGGGCCGCCAACUAUUUCGGCAUUCUCACAUCCACAUCGAACUCGAUUGCCAUCACGAUCGCGAAUCUUCAGCCGACAACGCCUCACAUCGUGGCUUGCAUGGCCGAGUCAGACACCGGGGCAGAGAGCACCCAAAGCCAAGUGGACCUUACAAGGCGCGAGAUUUCCACCGAGGAAGUUCCCGUGACGAUCAGCUCCAUGAGAAUCACGCGCGAGGCCGAAUUACUCGGUGACACUAUUUCAGUGACGACUCAGCUCAUAGACGUGGGGUACCUUUGGUGCGGAAACUUCCUGUCUGCGAAUGCACGCGAAUUUGGCGUGCCGGCAGCGGCCGUGCUGCAGGAAGCAGCGGCAAGAACAAAGGUGAUCACCAUCCAGGAUGUGUCGGCCGUCUCCUUCCCCGAACUGGACCGGAACACAUCGUACGAGGUUUGGUGCACGGCUGAGUUCAAUGACUUUCAGAACGAUGAGGGAGGGCAGGAGCUGCUGGUGCCUUUCCCCAUCAGCACGGUCAUGAGCAUCACGACAUCGUACUACACGGCUGCAAUCUUGGUGCGCCUGAGCAAGGGACCAGCGGACGUCUACUGUGAGGCCAUUCCCUGGGCACUUCGACCGACAACGCAGCGCCCUGCACAGCCUUCAAGGGCGCAGCUCAUGGCUUCGCCUUACCAGACCACGUACUUCGAAGCCGAGCCUGGUGGCCUUGUCUCGAUCACCAUUCUCGAGCUCACACCGGGCAGGAAUUACGACGUAUAUUGUUAUUCAGAGACGUAUUUGCCGCCGUCAGAGACCGGUGUGGACACAGCCCCUCGCUUCGGCAUGGAUGCCGAGUCCAUCCUCAACACACGAACGAGGUUCAUAGCUGAAGGUCCCUUCUUCGAUGAUUUGGGCUGGUCCUGUGUGUCCGGCUACACCUGUAAUGUCACUGGUCUGCUGGGGCAGCGGCUGACGGCUGAAGACGGACUAUUGGUGCGAGCAGACGGAUGCCCCGAGAGGUGUCGAUGCAACGGCGUAGCGGACCCACUCAGUAAAGGCGCGAUGUGCUCUGAGAUCUCGCAGGAUCCAACAGUGCAAGCAGGGGUUGGCAUCGCCGACGCACGUGAUCCUUUGGGUGCCUGGUGCUAUGUGGACCCGGGGCUGUGCGAUGACGAGAUGGCCUCUGCAGUGUUUCCCAACCUCGUUAUGUCUUACAAAGUCUGCACGUACCGCACGCAGGCUGGGACAGGGCCUGGAGUUCCUGGCUUUCCAAAUGGCGGCCUGGCGACAAACUUGCUGGAUGGCGCAGCCUUUAGCUUCGGCGAGGACUUGGUGAUUGCUUUCGGUGCCACCUACGACCUCUGCUGGUGCAACGGCACCGAGACGUCCUGCACCACAGAGGCUGAUUUUUCGGUGCGAAUCGGACCUCUGCACUUCAGCGGCCCCACGGUACACCAAUCUGAAAGGGAAGUCCGCUGUAUUGCGGGGAUGCCAUGCCACGUGCCCAACUUCCAGGGCCAAGCCAUCGAGGAAGGUUCUCGCCUCGUGGUGCUGCCUGACGAUCCCGCCGGCUGCAGAUGGCAGCGGGCCAGCCUGGCUGAUCCACCAGGCCUGUUGGAUUUCCCCAACUCUGGUGUGUCAGAUCCGUACGACAAGGACCGUCGCCAGUACGAUUUCAUGGGCGUGCCGCUGAUUGCCCCAGGGGGACGCUACAACUUAUGCUGGUGUGGUCCACGAGCAGUCGGAACCAUUCUGGUCCCUGGCAAAGACUACCGACAGCCAGACGGCAUCAUUCCACCACCUUGUCCACCCGUGCGAGACGAGGACGGUGGGAAGUUUCUUUCGCCAGCUGGACAUCUCAUAGUUGUGGGCCCCCGGGGACAGGAAGACUCUUUAUGCCGACUUGGGGUGGACUGCAUCAUUCCGCAGAUUCUUGGCACAGGUUUACAAGGUGGAGACCGCGUAUUGGCGCUGAAGGUUUGUGGUGAAGCAGCCCACCCUCCAGUUGGCUGGCGUCAAGGUGCGGAGAUGCUCGGGCCACCGUGGAUGAAUGCAGGGUGGAUGACGCAUGGGCCGGCUCUCUCGGAGUUGAUGCUGACGGAGUUCGGUGCACCCGGUGCUCCCAAUCGGCCCGGCAUGAAUGACACGAAUCGUGGUGUCUAUGGCUUCCCCAACUUCGGCAUGUCGCGACCGUCAUCCAAGGUUGGCUAUGCAGACUGGGGCGGCCCGACCUGGUCAUUCUCAGGCACCUACUUGCUGUGCUGGUGCGGUGCCGACUCCACUCUGCAAGGUUGCCACUCGCCAGAAGACUUCCUGGUUCCGAUUGGGCGGCUGAUCAUCUCCGGGCCCGCGGUUCUUCCUUUAGCCGGACAGCGGUACCGCUGCGUUCGGAUGCAGCAGUGCGAGAUCGAGAAUUUUCAAGGUACCAUGCCGCCUGCCUCGCAGCUCGCGGUCGCUUCAGGAGAAUGCGGAACCGAAAGCCCCGUAGGCAUGCCUCGCUAUGGGCAGUCGAUCCCUUCGGCAGACGGCUCCCACUUUGCAUGGGGCCCGGAGCGUGUGACGGCAAACCCCGGGGUCUAUCGACUCUGCUGGUGCAGCGAAGGGCAGAACUGCAUUCUUCCGACGCAUUUCAUGGCCUAUGCAGGAAUUCUGCAGGUCAAGUGGCCAACGUUCUCGCCGGACCUUUUCUUCUGCGAACUCGGGCGCCUUUGCAACAUCUCGGGGGUCCAAGGCGAAGGCCUCAGCAACAACGACAAGGUGAUGUUGCUGACCAAGUGCGGGGAGGGGCUCGAGGAGGCUACGACAUUCAUGGAAGGCUCGAUGUCCAUCGCAACAUACGAGGACGGUGGGAAGUUCCUCCUGCCCGCGUCGGUGCAGUCUGGUACGUACCUAGUCUGCUGGUGCGCAGCCGAGAGCACGUGCCAGUAUCCACGGGACUUCACUGUGCGGCUGGGUCGCUUGGAGCUUGGCGGCCCAGUCCCGGACUUUGUCUACCGCUGCUUCGAGUGGCAACCCUGCGAGAUCCGGGACAUGGAGGGCACAACCCUGCAGGACGGGGACCGGCUCCUGGCAGUCCCAGAUGGCACCGACUGCAAAGCUGCUAGCCUGACGCCUCAAACGGGCUUCCCCCGCAACGGCGUGACCCUGCCAGCGACCAAUGGAGGUCGCACCUUCUCCUGGGGCCCGGGUCUGAUGCGUGCAGCCCCGGGACACUACAUGCUAUGCUGGUGCGGCAACGUCACCGCCGGAAGCUGUGGCGAGGAUGGACCGUUCACUGUUCCUGCGGGUGUGAUCCGCGUGGCCACGAGCCGCGAGUUUCAGUUCGUGAACCGGCCAGAGGAGAACCCGGAACGGAGCUGGGACUCCGAGCUGAGUCUUCUACUGGCCGUGCCAUUGCCAGCUCUAUUCUUCGGGGCUGUCUGCCUCGGUGUGUCAAGGAUCCGGGGCAGGAGGCAGGUGCGCGACGAGCCCGAGGCCCCGCCGGUGGACAUGUCGCGACCAAAUCCAACAGUGGACGAGGCUCGCAUGAAGAGCAUGCUGGCAUUGGAUGCAAAGGAAGUGGCCGACAGCAGGAAUGACAUCGGCAAGCUCCUGGAGAAGUCGCGACAGCAUGUCGACCAGAAGCACUCCCUCCUUGCUCUGUAUGGCUUGUACCGGCAAAAUGACGAGGCCAGUGCGCCCCAGCUGAGAGAUGGAAUCGACUGGAAAGGCAAGGAACGGGACGCUUGGCUGAACGGGGCAGAACUUGCUGGAUGGUGGACUCAGCAGAAGCUCGGCCAACAGCUCUUACCCGAGUUCAACGCGGCCUUGAUCUAUCGGUCGAGGAUGCAUGAUGCUGCAGCCGAGGAGGUGCAGAUGCGAAGAUCGCCAAACCCACCGAGAGAUCAACUUUUUGCUGCACUGGCCCGUGAAGGGAAGAAAGAGCUAGAAAAGUGUAGAGCAUCGCUAUCACGCUUGGAAGUCGACUGGCCGGGCCACUCAGUCAAUUUUGUCCCCGCGGUUCCAAGUAAGAUCCUUUUGGCCAUGAUGAAGAGCUUUGAAACCAUGCAAGUACAUGCAGAGGCCUGGGGUUCUCACCUGAACGCGGCAGUGAUGAAUGCGUUGGUUUUCGCUCAGCUGGAUAUGCACAGCAAAUCUCAGCAGGAGCGCAACGAACAGAGAUGCAAAUGCGGAACAGGAGAGGUUCCUCCAGGUGGCAUGCCCUACGAGAACUUGUGGCUUUGGGGCAGCCAGGAGAUCGCAUCUGUGGGUGAUCGAACCGAGCUGGAAAUGAUGAUGGAAGAUGAUGGGACCGUGCAGACAGUAGACAAAGGUGGGAACUGCUGGCUCGCAGUGCCUCUGAAGACUGGAGUCCGGAAUCGGACCGUCCGAAGUGUGGCCAUGGGCUACGAGCACUGCCUCAUUGUGACUGCGGACUCCCUGAUGUACUCCUGGGGCAACGGUUCGAAAGGGCAGCUGGGCACCGGAUCCAUGAUGCCCGCCGACACCCCGCAGUUCAUCACCAAUCCAACCGACGUUCUCCAUGUGGCAGCCGGGGAGGAGCAUUCUGCCUGCCUCAUUGAAGGCGGAGCCUGCUUCACCUGGGGCAAUGCCGCUGGCGGGCGACUGGGUCUGGGCUCCUGCCUGAGCGAUGGCGAGCAGUUGAUCCCGAAGCGCGUGGUUAUUGAAGCCACAGAGCUACGUCUUCUUCGUGCCGUGAAUUGCGGGUCGCAGCACUCUGCUCUGGUGACACAGGACGGCAAGCUUCUCACCUUUGGCACCGGCUGGUUCGGACGACUCGGACAUGGAGACAUGAAGAAUGAGUAUGUUCCAGCGCUUGUGCCAAUGUCGACACACGUGAAGGAAGUUCACUGCGCCAUGUACCACACGUGCAUCGUAGACUCGAAGGAUCAUCUCUGGGUCUGCGGAAGGGAUUCGUCCCUGUGCAGAGACGCACAGAACCACGUGCUGUCGCCGAUUCUUUUCGAGCCGUUCCAGCACGAGGGGGAGGUCCGGUGUGUUCGCUCGCUUGCCACCUGUGAGCAGCACACACUGGUAGCGACCUAUCGGCAGAACAAUCCAGAUGACACCGAGCUCUGGGUUUGGGGCAAGAACGAUCGUGGUCAGCUGGGCUUGCCUAGCGCCUCACCCGUCAUCGACCUGCCGUGGAGAUUGCAGAUUCCAGAGCUACAGGACAUGCGCGAACGCCGUGGCCGUAACUACACCCUCACCCAGGUAGCCACAGGGGUUCACCACUCCAUGUGCAUCGCCAUGCUGGACGACCCGCGAGGGCAGCGCAAAGAGCCGGUGGUCUAUGCUUGGGGCUUCAGCGGGUCCGGCAGACUGGGACUCGAGUUGGACGUCGACAACAAGCUCGAGAUGCUCCAGAUCAGGGAGAGAAACAAGGGACUCCCGCCUGAGCGCACUCAGACCACCGGGCCGAAGCACCUGCGCGUCUAUCCGCCGAUGAAGGUAGAGGAGCGCUGGAAGCCCAAGGUGCGGGAGAGCAACCAAAGCGUGGCGGAGGAUGCCGCAAAGCUGGACGAGCCCAGCAACACAUGGAGUGACUGCCAGCGAAAGCUCUUCGAGGAAAAAGCAGACUGCAAGCUCAAGGCCUUGCAGGACAGGGAACGGCAGGUCAAGCGCAUGUGCGACGGUCACCUGGAUUUCAUCUACAAAAUGUGGGACAAGCCCGACUCAAGGUCGGACCCAUGCGAGUACGAGCUCCGCCAUCUUCGGAAGGAGCUUGAGGUGGACUAUAUCCGAACUCUGCACGCCAUGAACCUGGAUGGAAGCGGCGAGGGCCCUCAGAUGGAGAACGCGUAUUGGGUCAAAACUGACCCCGAGAUCAAGGGAAAGCUUUGCAAAUUCGAGGAGCUGGUGUGGAUCCUGCAGCAGCAGCCGGUGUACAUGGCACGCCUCAGCUCGGCCUUACGAAAAGGAUCCUUGCAGGAAGCAGACAAUCGCACCUUCCGCACCAUGUGCGAGCGCAUCUUUCAUGAUCUCUUCCAACCACGCACGGUGCAUCUCUUCAAAUCUAUGUUGAGCCUCAUCAUCAAGUCCGAGAUGCAGCAGGCCAAGUUCCUCCACGACCUCUUCGACCCGUUCAAGUCACACGCGGCAUCCUUGAUCACACAGCUCUCCACGCACUCGGCCUUUGUGGAAGGAAUGGUGCUGCCCAUCCUCAACCCGCAGGUGGAGACCUCCUUGGUCUCUACCAUCAUCCGAUACACGCUUCUGAAGAGAGAUGGUGAGACGCCCCGUGUGCUUGGGACAGAAGCUCCAGAACAUUCCCAUGUGACUGGGGUGUUCACAACGCACUAUCCAGAGUAUCAGGAACUGGUGAAGAAGGCGAACGCCGACAAGGCUGCGCAUCCAGGUAAGACGUCGCAGAAGAGCUACCUCUACAACUUUCAGAACGAGCUAGCAGACCUCCAGCGAGCUUGUGGGAAGGAGCCCGCAACUUCGGGCUAUGACAGCAAGGAUGUGCAUGCGGGCUGCAUCACAAGCUUUAUAGAGCACUUUGUGAUGGACCUUCUGGCAGAGGACUGUGCAAAAGAUUUCCGAAUGUUGCUUGUGUGCGCUUUCAAGACCAUGCUAAACGACUGCCCGGCCGCCAAAGGAUUCGAAGAGUCAGAUCCUCGCGUCUGCACCCCUUUGGCUUCUCUGGUUCUGGGCAACAUCAUCGGCAGUGUCCUUGAAACCGUAGGUCAACGAAGGUACAGCUUGGUCGAGCUGAGCAUUCGAAAGCAGGUUUUGGAAAUGUUUUCCAACGUGCAGAGGCGGAAGGGAAGGCCAAAGGGAGACCUCGAAGUGGACCCCAAUGAUGUGGCAGAACAGCUCUAUGAUCGAGUUCUUUUCAACAUCCAGGCCCUGGCCAAGAUCUUCAAGCGUUGCGUGCACCGAGGUGUCUUCCGCCUUCAGUUUACAAAAGGAAAAGGUGACGAAGUGCUGAAGGAAGAGCCAGAGUCCUUGAAAGUUUGUGAAGACAUCAAGGAUUUCACCUGCCACGUCUUGCACAAGAUGCUCAUGAAAGACCUUUCCAAGAGCGAGUUGGAAGAGCUGAAGAGUGGCCGCGGACGACCGGAUGAGGCAGUGGCAGAUCUAGCCGGAGAGUUGUACAGCGAUCUGUACAUGUCCCACCUCACUCUGGAGAAGACCACAGUCAGCAUGUCGACCUUGGAGAUGCUCGAGAUGGCCAACCUGCUGUGGAGGCAGCGGCAAGAGCUCAUCCAGUCCGGCGACACUCAGGACAUGUUCCGAAAAACCCUCGAAGAAGUGAUGCGGAAGCGGCAGGUGGCCGCCGGGAAGAACUUCUCGCAUGGGACUACGACAGAGGAGAUCCAGGAAUACCAUCCCGAUGGCCACCUUUGGCUCGCGGGCAAGCAUGGAGAGUGGCACAACCUGCGGCCCAGAGCGAGGUUCCUAGAGUACAUGAGAGGGCCGGGCUACGAGCCCACUUUCUGCAACGAGUCCAAGGCGCCUAUGCCGCGCUGCCUCACCUCGGAAGCUCAGCGAAAGCAGAAAGACUACUCCCUGAUCCGACUGUUCAGCAUACCUGAAGAGGAGAAAGGGCCCAUUUUCACGAACCAGGACGGCGAGAGGGUCUUCGUGUACGAAGCACUGGAGGAGCUCCUGCAGAUCCUCGCUGGCAGCGCGCAGGAAGAUCCCGACUUGAAGUAUCAGAUCAAUGGCAGCAGCUUGAUGGAGCUCAGGAACAGCUUCGUCAAAAUCCAGAAGGCGAUGAUGCAGGAUAUCAAAGAUGGCAACGCUUCCAGUCGCAUGCGGGGAACAGUGAUGGACCUCGAGGAUGGCAGAAACAUGGUUGGCCUCCUGCAAAACCAGGUCACAUCGACCACCAAAGAGCUCAUGGCCUACAUUGAUGCCGUGGUACAGAAUCGCUUCAAGCACGCGAGGUACCUGGAAGAGACGAAGACCAGGAACAACACCAUCCUAGAGACAAGGAAGAACUACGAAGAGAUCCUGCAGGAGCAGGUCGACACAAUGAAGAGGGUUGUCCGCGCCGCUCAGAAUUGUGACUGCCCGAGUCUGAUCACACUCGCUGCGGGUCAGCGAUCGGAGAAGAUAGCCUUCCUCCGGAUCCGGCGAAUCAAGCAGCGGAAUCGCAAGCAGAAGCCAACGCCUGGCCAGAAGGCCAUCGACAUGAUGGGCAUGGAGGAAGCGGAGGUCAAAGUCCAGGAAUUACGGGAGUCUUUCGUUCCAAGCCAGAGCUUCGCCCUGGGACAACUCGAAUCUAAAGGUGUUCUGGUUCGCAUCCACGACGGGAUCGCCUCCAAAACUAGGAAGCACAUCUGCUUCAACUUCAGGGCCGCCAACGAAGGUUUCGAUGUCCAGAUCUUCGUUCCGAAGGCCAAGCUGAAAGAGGCGGAAGAUCGGAUCCUCAAGGAGUUCCACAUUUCGAGGCAGGAGAUUGAAGACUUGGAGGGGGUGAACAAAACAGCUGCCUCCAGCUACGCGGGAGAUCUCCUUUGGAUGAACGGAUAUCGGUUGCGACGGCUUCUCACUUGGAUCGUCGUUGACAACGGUGUUUAG